AUGGCUGCUAAACAGACGAAGCAAGUAACUCCGGCCGUCUCAAAAGUCCUUCUUUCGCUGGACACACCCGGAUACGUUCAUGUUCAGGGCCUCAUGCAGGCAAGUGCACAGCUCGUGUCAGAACUGCUCACUCAGAACCAUACUCUAUACAAGACGCGAUGGAAGGAUACCCUGCACAAUCACCUUGUGCACCAUCUUUUAGCUAUGUGGGCACUCGGAGCCACUCCAACCGAGAUCCAGGAUAUGUGGCACUACAACGCGCGCUAUCAAGACCCCAUGAACGAGGGACAUCCCGCCGCCAAUGCAUCUGAAAUUCGCCUGAAAGACCCUGCUACUUUCCAACAAUGUCUGGGCAUUAAUGACUGCUACCCAGACUUCUUGCAGUUCUUUGAAAACGAGAUUGAGGAGAAUGGAAUGGAAGCCGUCAUCAGAGAGUAUCUACUCCAGGGCGACGAGCGAGCCAACGAUAUCUUGGGUCGCAUGUUUGCCGGUUCGAAAGCUCCCAGCAUUGAUCUAUCCUUAUUCCUUACAAAGAUCAAGGUUUCGCUGACCAGAUUCCUCUUCUCAGACCUAGUGCAUCCGAUCAUCCAUCUAGGAUGCGGAAUCGAGUUCCACCAGCCAAGUCUAGUGGCCGAAGCACUCGCUGGCGCCUGCGUUCACGAAAACUGGCCAAAGACAUUCCUUAUCCCCACGGAAGAAUACGCGCGCACCCACCCCAACGAGCCCUCCCAAUCUAUGCUGCAACUUCUUGAAAGCCUGAGCGAGAAUCCCGACAUCGUCGGCGGCACAAAAGAGACCGACCCAUUUAACAAAAUCCCCGACGGGUUUCUGAAGCGCGUCACCCCAGCCCAACUGGUCCCCUACCUCGCCCGGUUCCAAGUCCAGCCCGAUCCGACAGACCUGCAGGACAAAAUGUCAGAAAUGAUGCACACAAACGCAUACAUGCUGGCCGCGGCGCAGCGACCCGGAAAGCACGCCGCAAUGGACUUCGUCACACUGCACGCCGUCACGCUGGCAGUUUUCUUCCCAGCCAUCCUCGCGCAGCCCUGGCUGUCCAACGCCGAGAAGGCGCGCCUGCUCGAGGCGACAGUGCGUGUCGGCGGAGUCAUGUACGCAGGCACGGGGUGCCCCCCACUAUAUGCCGACCGGGUAAUGAACUACACACCUCGCCGGCCCAGCGAUGGAUGGACGGAGCUGUUCCAUCGGGCAAACGUAUACCGUGAUGAGGGCCACGCAGUCAAGCUCAUCCGCUCGCUGUAUGCGCUGGAGCAGCUGGACUUGCCCCCGGGCUUCCCGAUCGCGAAGCAGGAUUUCUUCCUGAUUGCGCACAUGGGCAUGGACUCGAUUGAACGGGCUAUGGACCCGGACGAGGGGAAUCAUGUCUCGAAAGAGAUGACUGCCGGGGUGGUGAAGCGUGUCGGACGUGGAGGGGAUAUGGUGGUUGCCAACAUGACGCGAUGGGUGUUUUAUGGCGGAUUGCCGAAUGCAUGGCGACAUGUGCCCGAUGUAAAGUCGUAG